CGUUAAAAAAGAUAGUAAUAACAUCAAUCGUUUGUACAUAAAUAUGCACUGUUGGCCAGACUACUUAAUAAAACAUCAUUUUUGUGUAAUUGUUUCUUUAUGUAAAUCUUCUAUUUUGCCUUAUUGAAAUAUAAACAUAUCCAGUUUUUCCUAGAUUCACGACUUACACAACUUAUUGCACACCUCGGUCACAGGGUAAAAAUAAACAGCAAUUUGCACUACACCACGUUUUACGUUCAACUCAACACUGACGUCAAGUUGAAAACAUACAAAAACGCUGCGUUUUUUAAUCAUUAAGAUUUAUUUAGUCGAACAGAGACUACUCAAUUCUUGACUACUUACGUAUUUAUCCACAUCAUGAGGAAAGUAAAGAUAGCAACAUUGCCAGAAAAUGGUCAACAAGAAAACUUGUCGGACGGAAGCAUGGAGAAAGUUACUGUGGUCAUCGACACAAAAAGAGACGAGAAAAAUAAAACUACAAGCGGAGAGGAAAUUAAUAGAAAUAAUACGAUUUAUUACGACCGAGUUGUAAAACAGGAUGGAUCAUUCAACUUUAGAAAUUCACAUGUGCAACAUAGACACAAGAAAUUUAUGGUCGAUAUUUUCACAACUUUAUUAGAAGAAAUCAGGUGGAGAUGGACAGUACUCGGAUUCUUUGUGGUGUACCUGAUGUCAUUUGUUUGUUUCGGGACGUGUUGGUAUCUAAUUUUGUACAUGCAUGACGACCCACGCCAUUUCGGCGACCCCAACUGGACCCCUUGCAUCACCGGGAUGCAGAACUUAACUUCCGCCGUCUUAUUCAGUAUUGAAACCCAGCAAACGAUUGGGUACGGUUAUUACCACGUGACGGAGGAAUGUCCCCUGGCGGGAGUCUUGCUCUUCGUGCAAACCGUGUGGGGCGUCAUCCUCGAGGGAACCGUGGUGGGGCUCGUCUUCAUAAAAAUGUCACGUGCCAAACAGCGCAGUGAGACUAUUAUGUUCAGCAAGAAUGCCGUCUUGACGAUGCGGGAUGGUGUAAUGAACUUCAUGUUCAGGAUUGGAGAUAUGCGAAGCACGCACCUUUGCGAAGCGCACGUUAGAGCGCAACUAAUCCGCAAGCGGAGAACACCAGAGGGCGAAAUUAUAAAUUACGCACCUCAAGAACUUGCCGUUGGAGGUGAUGGAGAACUUGGAAGCACAAUUUUACUCUUUUGGCCGACGGUGAUUGUUCAUCCGGUUACUUGUGACAGUCCAUUAUUCGACAUUGUCCAAGAUUUCCACGAGUAUGACGAAGAAUCUUUUGAAAUAAUUGUGAUCCUGGAGGGAAUUGUUCCGUCCACGGGAAAUUGUACGCAGGCCAGGUCAUCCUAUCUACCUUCCGAGAUUUUAUGGAAACAACAGUUUGAAGCGAUAUCAUGUACAAAAUCACGUUCCGGCGAACGAGUCAUUGAUUACGCAAAUUUCCAUAAAACAAUUCCCAGCACUAUUUUGAACAAACGGAUGUCCAUCUUUCAACAUUCUGACGAUGUUAAGGAACCCCUGCGCAAGAGGGGUUCAAUUUUCCAGCAAUUACGUGGAAUAACCCCGGCGUAGAUUUGUAAUCUCGCUUUUCACUUAAUCAACGUCUUUAAAUGCAAAUGCAGAACAUUUGUUAUCAAACUCGAAAUGCUAGAUGGCAUUCAUAUCUAUAGCCUCGUCAGAAAUAUGAUUCUACGACGUAACAAUAUGAUUGCCUACAUACAUAUAUAUUAUCUUAUCAUGCUGGAUUAUACAUAUGUAUGCCUGAGCGAUUGUUAAUGAAGUACGCUUUCAAAAAACAAACGAAAGCAGUAUGUAUAAAGUGCUCAUUUCGCUCUACAA